AUGAUAUUUUGACAGGCUAAUGGCACUAUUUUUACUUAUGGGCAAACAGGGUCAGGCAAAUCAUAUACUAUGAUGGGCUUAUAUAUUUAUGACCCUGAAACUAAAGGAAUUAUCCCAAGAGUAAGCAAUUUAAUUUUUACUAAGCUCCAAGAAUCAACCUGUGAAAUAGAGUAUUCCUUGAAGUGCUCAAUUAUUGAAAUCUAUAAAGAAAGCCUAACUUCUUCUUUUUGGAGGCAAAGUAUUGAAAAGUGAAACCUUUUUAAUUUUAGCUUAAAUUAUAUGUGGCAAUUUUAGAAUAAAUAUUAAGAGAAAAAAAUUGCCCAGGAAGGGUUGAGUAAGAGAUCUCCUUUCAGACUCAGGCGUCAGGCUUAAGAUAAAAGAGGACCCAAAGAAAGGCGCAUUUGUUCAAGGACUUGAAGAAGUUUAUGUAGUCUGUGAAGAGGAACUAAUGAAUAUAAUUGCUCUUGUGGAAAGUUUAAGUUUAAUUUAAGUUUCAGUUUAAUUGAAUUACUCUUUUGCAUACUUGGAUGCAGUCUCCUUGCUUGAGGUCCAACUUGUUUAAUAGCUCUGAACAACGGUAGGUGGACCGGCCUAACCGUCGAACCGUUAAAGUUAACAAGUCCGUUAAGACUUCUCUGAUCAUCGCCAGACUCAGCAAUGACCUCUUCUCUCCUUUAUCAAGACUCUCAAGAGGACAACCUCUUUCACAUAAGUCCGAUAAUAGGUCCUUUACCUGGAAGUCAGGAGUUAUGGCCUAUCUCUAAUUGACAUUUUUUAAUAUUGUGUUGCUGAAAGUAAGCGAACUGUGGCUUCAACCAAGCUAAACGAAGUGAGCUCAAGAAGCCACCAGCUUUUUGUUUUAGAAGUAAAUCAAAAAUUACCUGAUGAUACAGAGAAGCGAGGGAUUGUGAAUUUUAUUGACCUUGCUGGAAGCGAAAAAGUAAAAGAGUCAGGAGUUACUGGAAACAAACUGGAAGAAGCUAAAAACAUAAAUUUAUCACUGAGUUGUCUUAGCAAUGUCAUUAAUGCUCUUUCAAGCAAAGCAGAUUUUAUUCCCUAUAGGGACUCUAAACUGACAAGGCUUCUUCAAGAAUCCCUCGGAGGAAACUACAAAACCACACUUAUUGUCAACUGUAACCCUGACCCUCGAAAUGUUGAAGUAACAAUCAACACUCUUAAGUUUGCACAAAGAGUCAAAAAUAUAAAAAACAAUGUGAAACUCAACAUUAAAAAAUCUCCUGCAGCUUAUAGUCAGAUUAUUAAUGAACUUCGACACAAGAUCCAAAGCCUGAAAUAA